AUGAACCGUCUGGGUUGCCACAUCGAGAUUCACCCACCACAUGAAGACACCACAGAUUAUUUCAACUAUAAGGGGUGGCAUUCAGUUGUGCUGUUAGCAUUGGUGGACGCUAGAUGUCGUUUUAUUUAUGUAAACUCUGGAAGCCCAGGACGUUGUAACGAUUCGCAGAUAUUUCAGACUUCAUCUCUAAAACAGCAACUGGAUCAAUGCGAACUUUUAACCGAAUUAAAGAGAAGUAUUGCUGGCGUAGAUAUACCUGUUUUUAUUAUUGGCGAUUCGGCGUUUCGAUUGAGCGACAAAUUAAUGAAACCAUACCCCUACAAUGUUUCGCAAAGCCAAGAGCAAAAACAAUUUAAUUAUCAUUUAUCCAAAUCUCGGAGAGUGGUGGAAAAUGCUUUUGGACACUUGAAAGCGCGUUUUCGGCGAAUUGGGAAAGGCAUAGACAAUGCUAUAAAAAAUGCUAACGCAAUGAUUUUAUCGUGUUGUGUACUUCACAGUUUCCUUAGCGAAAACAACGACACGUUAAAUAAAAAUUGGUUACGAGCUUUAGAAAUUGUAGAAGCAAACCGUUCGUAUCCUGAUCAAAUUGUAUUAUUAGAGGACGAAACAAACAAUCCAGGAGUAAAAAGACGUGCUAUUUCCUCUUAUUUGCGUGAGUUUAUUUAA